AUUGCACAUCAGCAGAUGUUCGUUCGCUCGGCCAACUCCAAACACUCCUUCCAAGGCCGAUAACCUCCAAUUGAACCAUCACCUCUGGACUUGAUUCCUUAGACCCUCCCCACUCACUCCAAGAUGCGUUCUACUGCUGCUCUUCGAAUGUUCAGGCAGACGCCUCGCAUGUUGCGACCCGUCCCCAAAGAGGACCAGGCUGGCCACACCGUCUCUCAGCGUCUCCGAAAGCUCAAGCAGAUCCCUCCUGAGCUGUACCCCCUCGCUGUCGUCGUUGGCUUCGCUCUCGGCGCUGCCGGCUACUCCAUCUCUCGCAAGUUCAUCGUCGAUAAGAACCUCCGUCUGGCCCGACAGGGUCCUGCUGGCCGCCACGAUGCUGGCCACGGUGAGGGUGAGAGUGAGGGUCACUAAAUAUAGCACAAAGAUAGGGAUGCUGUUGGGGAAAUGAAACUGUUUGUAUGUCCACAUGUCCUCGGAAGGACAGUACUGUACAUUUCAGAUGAGUGCGGUAGCAAGGAAACCCAUCAGGUAUAAAAUCUGAAUAUUCUCGGCGAUG